CAAACUCACCUCACGCAGCCGGACCCAGUGAUUAUUACACGGAUUACGUGGCUACCAGGUGGUACCGUUCCCCUGAGCUCCUUGUAGGGGAUACGCAGUAUGGGCCUCCCGUGGAUGUCUGGGCCAUCGGCUGUGUCUUUGCUGAGCUGCUCUCGGGGAUCCCUCUGUGGCCGGGGAAAUCUGACGUGGACCAGCUUUACCUGAUCCGGAAAACAUUGGGUGAUCUCAUUCCUAGGCAUCAGCAAGUCUUCAGCACCAACCAGUUCUUCAGUGGGGUCAGGAUCCCGGAUCCAGAAAGCAUGGAGCCUCUGGAAAUGAAAUUCCCAUCCAUUUCCUAUUCUGCCCUAGGACUCAUGAAGGGCUGCCUCCACAUGAAUCCAGCCGAAAGGCUGACAUGCGAGCAACUCCUUCAGCAUUCUUACUUCGACAGCAUCCGGGAGGUAGAGCUUGGGAGGGAGUGUGAAAGGUCAAUGGCGCGGAAACCAAGCCGGCCAAUUCGAAAACACAUCCCUGGGGUAAGAUCUUGGGAUGAGGGGACACAGAUAUUUCAGGUGUGGAAUAUUCUUGAAGUGGUUGAACUACUAGUACCUUUUCCCACACCCUAAGCCUUUCCUUGGACAAAGAAGAGAGAGCUGGCACAAUCA